UAAAUAAAAGUAGAACAACAUCUACCUACCAAAUGGAGCGAGAGAGCAGUACUAAUAAGUGAAUUCUAACCACUCGUGUCUCUCACCAACUCGGUCAAAUCUCUCUUCCAUUUCAUUACUACUCCCUCCCACUCCUCUUCCUUUCUUUCUUUCAUCACCACCUCCCAUUUAUAUCCUCUUUUCUCUCUCACAAUUCUCAUUCCCCUCUCUCUCUCUCACACCCCAAAUCAUCAUCAUGGGUAGAUCUCCUUGCUGUGAGAAACAACACACAAACAAAGGUGCUUGGACAAAAGAAGAAGAUCAACGUCUCAUUAACUACAUCAAAACUAACGGUGAAGGUUGCUGGAGAUCUCUUCCAAAAGCAGCUGGCUUGUUGAGAUGUGGCAAGAGUUGUAGACUCAGAUGGAUUAAUUACCUUAGACCUGAUCUCAAGAGAGGAAACUUUACUGAACAAGAAGAUGAUCUUAUCAUCAAUCUCCACAACUUACUUGGAAACAAAUGGUCACUAAUAGCGGCGAGAUUACCCGGAAGAACAGAUAAUGAGAUUAAGAAUUACUGGAACACUCAUAUCAAGAGAAAACUCUACAACCGUGGAGUCGAUCCUCAAACUCAUCGGCCACUCAAUGACUCCGCGGUGUCCACUACCGUCCCCACCGCGGUUCCACCACGAGGUCAGAUCACAACAAGCCAUAAGAAUAUUAUCAUCAAAGAUGUUAGCAUUGUUAGCAAUAGCAAACUGGUUUGUGAGGAUUCAAAUUCAAAUAGCAGUAGCGGAGUUAGCUCUGAUCAGGAAGCUUAUCAGCAUCAACAACUCAACUUGGACCUUUCCAUUGGUCUUCCGUCUUCACGUCCUCAAAAUAACAAAGACAACUUGAUGCUACAACAACCACAAGAUGGUGAUUAUGAGCAACAAGAAACUAAGGUUACUCCUAGUCAUGGUGUGUGUCUGUGUUACAGUCUAGGGUUUCUGAGAAACCAAGUGUGUUGCUGCAACAAAGAUAUAGGUAAUAGUGUUACUACAGCGGUCACUGAUAAUAAUAUGUAUAGAUUUUACAGACCCAUGAAUAUUUAGAAGAUAAGAUAAUUUUUAAGUUAGGUUUUUUUGUUUAACAUUUGGAAGUUAGCUAGUUAACCUGAUCCGGCUCAUAAAUAUUGUAAUGUUGCGACUAUUAUAUUAGUUUAUUAACAUGAAAAUAGUUUUUGUUUUGUUUUGGAUGUUUAAAAUGGUUAUUUUUAUUUCA